CCAACCCCACAGACCCGUCUCCCUCGUUUCGCCUUCUAUUGCUUUGCUCGAGCACACAAACACAGACUCUCCCUCUCUCUCUCUCUCUCUCGAGGCGAACUCCUCUUCUCUCACAGGUUCCGCUUCUUCUUUCUCUCUCUCCUGCUCGAUCUGCUUUGUCUUCUCCACCGUCUCCCUCUUCCUCCGCCAUCGCCUCCUCCUUUCUCUCCUUCCGCAGGGAUAGUGCGGCCUCAUCCGGAGAUAAUCAUCUCUCUCUGUUGCUUGCGGAGUUCUUCUAGGAAUAGACCCAUUUGCAGUUCUGAAUUGCAUUCGAAGCAUCCACUCUUUUUCCAAAAGCGCGUGCUUGGGAAGGCUCCACAUCUUUACAGAUCCCACAAUUAACCCUUUCGAUAUCCAGAGUUCUAGAAAUGGCGAGCGUGACCAUCACAAAUAUUUUGGAGAAGAUGACCGGAAAGGACAAAGAUUAUAGAUACAUGGCAACAUCUGAUCUGCUUAAUGAGCUUAGCAAGGAAAGCUUUAAAGUUGAAAGCGACUUGGAGAUCAAAUUAUCAAAUACUGUGCUCCAGCAACUUGAUGAUGCUGCUGGCGAUGUUUCUGGAUUAGCUGUCAAAUGUUUGGCACCAUUGGUGAAGAAAGUAAGUGAAGACAGGGUUCUGGAAAUGGUAGAUAAGUUGUGUAGCAGACUACUGCAUGGGAAAGAUCAGCAUCGCGAUGUUGCAAGUAUUGCACUGAAAACAAUUGUUGCUGAAGUCAGCAACAUGAGUGUUGCUCAACGUGUUAUUGUGACUUUGUCUCCUCAACUAGUAAAAGGAAUUACAAGUCCUGGAAUGAGUACAGAGAUUAAAUGCGAGUGUCUCGAUAUAUUAUGUGAUGUUCUUCAUAGGUUUGGUAAUUUGAUGGCAUCAGAUCACCAGACGCUCUUAGCUUCUCUGCUGUCGCAAUUGGGUGCUAGUCAAGCAAGUGUCAGAAAGAAAUCUAUUUCCUGCCUAGCCUCCCUUGCUUCAAGUUUGUCAGAUGAUUUAUUGGCAAAGGCUACUAUAGAAGUUGUUCACCUUUUACAAAAUAAGGGUUUAAAACCUGAAAUGACACGUACAAACAUUCAAAUGAUUGGGGCUUUGAGUCGAUCAGUUGGAUAUCGAUUUGGACCCCAUCUAAGUGACUGCAUUCCGCUGUUGAUUGGUUACUGUAAAAAUGCAUCAGAAGUUGAUGAAGAACUUCGUGAGUACAGCCUGCAGGCCUUGGAAAGCUUCAUGUUGAGAUGUCCUAGGGAUAUAACUAUGUACUGUGAUGUAAUUCUAAAUCUUAGUCUUGAAUAUUUGAGUUAUGAUCCAAAUUUUACUGAUAAUAUGGAGGAGGACACUGAUUAUGAAUUCCAGGAGGAAGAUGAAGAUGAUGACAGUACAGAUGAAUAUAGUGAUGAUGAAGAUAUCAGCUGGAAAGUAAGAAGGGCAGCAGCAAAGUGCCUAUCUGCUAUAAUAGUUUCUCGCCCAGAAAUGCUGUCCAAACUCUACGUGGAGGCGUGCCCAAAAUUGAUAGAGAGAUUCAAGGAACGAGAAGAAAAUGUUAAGAUGGAUGUCUUUAAUGCAUUCAUUGAGUUAUUACGUCAAACGGGGAAUGUUACAAAAGGUCAAAGUGAGAUAAAGGAAUUGAGCCCUUUAUGGUUGUUGAAAAAUGAAGUGCCUAAAAUUGUGAGAUCUCUAAAUAGGCAGCUUCGGGAGAAGUCCAUCAAGACAAAGGUUGGUGCAUUUUCAGUGUUGAAAGAACUUGUGGUUGUCUUACCAAACUGCUUAGAUGAUCAUAUUGGAUCUUUGGUCCCUGGCAUUGAAAAGGCAUUAAAUGAUAAAUCUUCUACCUCAAAUCUUAAGAUUGAAGCUCUUACAUUUACCCGACUGGUUAUGGCUUCGCAUUCACCUUCCGUUUUUCACCCUCACAUUAAUUCACUUUCUAGUCCUGUAUUAGCCGCUGUGAGUGAAAGGUACUAUAAGGUCACCGCGGAGGCACUAAGGGUAUGUGGAGAACUUGUUCGUGUUGUUCGUCCAAGUUUUGAGGUUUGUGCCUUUGAUUUUAAGCCAUACGUUCAUCCAAUCUAUAAUGCCAUUCUAGGACGGUUGGCAAACCAAGACCAGGACCAGGAGGUUAAAGAAUGUGCUAUUUCUUGCAUGGGUCUGGUGGUUUCAACCUUUGGGGACAACCUUCAAACAGAGCUAUCAACUUGUCUCCCACUGCUUGUGGAUCGUAUGGGCAAUGAGAUAACACGACUUACGGCAGUCAAGGCAUUUUCUAUCAUUGCAUGCUCACCACUUAAGAUUGAUCUAUCAUGUGUUUUGGAGCAUGUUUUUGCAGAGCUAACAGCAUUCCUUCGCAAGGCAAAUCGAGCUUUGAGGCAAGCAUCCUUGGGUACACUCAAUUCUUUAAUUGUUGCUUAUGGUGACAGAAUCAGUUCCUCUAUUUAUGAAGUUAUCAUUGCAGAACUUUCGACUCUGAUCAGUGAUUCUGAUUUGCAUAUGACAGCUUUAGCUUUGGAGCUUUGUUGCACAAUGAUGGCUAAUAGGAAAUCAAGCCAAAAUGUUGGUUUUGCUGUCAGAACAAAAGUUCUCCCUCAAGCUCUCAUCCUAGUGAGGAGCUCCUUAUUGCAGGGUCAAGCACUUCAGGCAUUACAGUGCUUUUUUGAAGCAUUAGUCUGCUCAGCAAAUACUAGCUUUGAUACUCUGUUGGAUUCUCUCCUUUCAAGUGCCAAACCAUCUCCGCAAUCUGGUGGUCUUGCAAAACAGGCUCUCUAUUCUGUGGCUCAAUGUGUUGCUGUUCUCUGUCUUGCAGCUGGUGAUAGGAAAUGUGACAUAACAGUUGGAAUGCUGAUGGACAUCCUUAAGGAUGAUAGCAGCACUAACUCGGCAAAACAGCACCUUGCGUUGCUGUGUCUAGGAGAAAUUGGUAGAAGGAGAGAUCUUAGCUCACAUGCGAAUGUUGAGAAUAUUGUCAUCGAGUCUUUUCAGUCACCCUUUGAAGAGAUCAAAUCUGCAGCUUCUUAUGCACUGGGGAAUAUUGCUGUUGGAAAUCUAUCAAAAUACCUGCCAUUUAUUCUGGAUCAAAUUGAUAACCAACAAAAGAAACAGUAUCUCUUGCUUCAUUCUUUGAAGGAGGUGAUAGCAAGACAGACAGUAGAUAUAACUGGCCAGGCAGAACUAGAGGAUAGAAAUGUUGAGAAAAUUCUUAAAUUGUUGUUUACUCACUGUGAAAGUGAAGAGGAGGGGGUCCGCAAUGUGGUUGCCGAAUGUCUCGGGAAAAUUGCUUUGAUUGAGCCUAAGAAGCUUAUACCUGCAUUGAAGAUGAGAACAAGCAGCACAACUGCCUUCACACGAGCUACUGUUGUGAUUGCUGUGAAAUAUUCUAUUGUUGAACGUCCAGAGAAAAUUGAUGAAUUUCUGUAUCCAUCCAUUUCUUCUUUUCUGAUGCUUAUAAAGGAUGAUGACAGGCAUGUACGACGAGCAGCUGUUUUAGCUCUUAGUACAGCGGCUCAUAAUAAGCCAAACCUUAUCAAGGGCCUUCUUCCUGAAUUACUUCCACUUCUUUAUGAUCAGACGGUGGUUAAGCAAGAAAUGAUCAGGACCGUGGAUCUUGGUCCUUUUAAGCAUGUUGUUGAUGAUGGUCUUGAGCUGAGAAAGGCAGCCUUCGAGUGCGUCGAUACAUUACUUGACAGUUGUCUUGAUCAAGUUAAUCCAUCAUCUUUCAUAGUUCCAUACCUUAAGUCUGGGUUGGAUGAUCAUUAUGAUGUUAAAAUGCCAUGUCACCUUAUCCUCUCAAAACUUGCUGAAAAAUGUCCAUCUGCCGUCCUAGCAGUUUUAGAUUCAUUGGUGGAUCCAUUAGAGAAAACCAUAAAUCACAAGCCGAAGCAAGAUGCUGUUAAGCAGGAAGUAGAUCGUAAUGAGGACAUGAUCAGGAGUGCUCUUCGAGCAAUUGCCUCCUUGAAUCACAUAAGUGGUGGAGAGUGCAGUCCAAAAUUCAAAAUGCUGAUGAUGUCGAUUACAAAAAAUCCAAUCCUUGCGGAGAAAUACAACGCAGUUCGGCAUGAGUGAGGCUUGCUUGAUACUGGAAUUGUUUUGAGAUGAUGACAUUGUUAAAGUGCCUUUGUGGAGGUAUGCAUGGCUGCAGUCUUGGGAGGGGGGAAUCUGUCUUAUGGAUGUGGUCCUCAAAGCCAUAAGUCUUUCUGAUUUUGUUGUGCCCCAAGAUGCAGAUGGGUGCACAAUUUCCCUUUUCUUCUUUGAGGUGGCAUUUUGUCCUAUUUGGUCUUAGUUUUAUUUUUUUUCCCAUUAAACUUGGGAGCCAGCAGGUUCUGUGUUUAAUAUAGCAAUUGGCAAUGAUCAGAGAAAGAAAUAGUUAGCAUGUAUUUCAA